UCUUCGCCAAGGGUCUACUGCCGCAAUCAUUAUACCAAAAUGAAACAUCGUGUCACUUUGCCAAGACAAAAUGGGUUUCUAUCUCCAUUAAAUACGAGUUUUUAAUGCAUAUUUGGUAGUUUGUGUCACGGUUGCACGGGUUAGACUACAAGGGGACAGCGUCCGUUCUCACUAUGCUUCCGCUGCCCGCCGGUUGCUCUGAUGACGAAGGAGACAUAUUUGACAGCAUUCAAAGAGGAAAUAUUGAACAAUGUGCACAUUUCAUUCAACUUGAUCGAUCUGUCCUCAAACAUAAAGGCUGGGGUGGGUUCACGCCUCUCCAUGUUGCUGCUCUCCAUGGAAACCGUGCUAUGGUGGACCUGGUGCUUAGCAACGGCGCUGACCCCAACUUGACAUGCGAUGCUGGCCAGACAGCCUUCCAUUUCGCCUGCAGACAGGGCAAUGUGUAUGUAAUGCACCAGAUGAUGCAGCAUGGAGCUGACCUUCGCAUUGUCGACCUGCAAGGCAAGACAGCCCUGCACCAUGCAGUCAGUGGGGGUAGCAUUGUGUCCGUGCACUACCUGUGGGAGACAGGCAUGUUCAGGUUCUCAGAUGGGGAUAUGUACCAGGUCACACCUCUACAUCUGGCUGCUUCCACAGGCAACACUGAAGUGGUCCGCUACCUGCUCCGAGAGCAGGGCUCUUCCUAUCUGCUGUUCCAGAGGUGUUCCGUGGAUGCAGUGGACCAGCAGGGGGCGACAGCGCUGCACGUGGCAGCAGAGCGGGGCGCGGUGGAGGUGUGCUGGACCUUGCUGCAGAGGGCCGGAUACAGGCUGCUGCACAUCAAGAACUACAACGGCCUCACUCCCCUUGACCUUAGCAGGCAGGGGAAGACCUUCAGACAUCAGCAGCUCACCAAACUGCUGAGUCAGUACAUACGUGAGCCCAUGCACCAGAAACCUCAAGAGUCUCAUAUACUAUACUACUGGACUGUGCUGUUCCCAUCGCUGAGCGGAGCCGCCAUCCUACUGGUGGCCUCCAUGUUGGGGGGCUACGGGGGCCUGGUCUGCAGCCUGCUCUUCCCCUGGCUUGCCCGCAGCAUCUUCACACAGUUCCACCGCAUGACCACCUACCAGAGGCUGCCCAACCCUGUGUAUCUGGGGACCCUGAUAGCCGGUCUGUUCCACUCACUGCUCUGCUUCUAUGGCAAGAUCAUUCCCAGUGUCUGGCCAGCAAGCGGUCUGAUGCAUGUGUCCGUUGUCCACUUCUCCCUGGUUCUGGUUCUGUUCUGGAAGGUUCUGAUCCAGGACCCGGGAACACUCGGCCCGGGGGACGCAGACCCUCGAUUCUCUGGCAUCGCAGACCUGGUUGAGAACAACGAGAACCCUCAGAGAUUCUGUAUCUACUGUGAGUUGUUCCAGCCAGACCACACCAAACACUGCAAGCUGUGUGACGUGUGUGUGAGAGACUACGACCAUCACUGCCUCUUCCUCAACUGCUGCGUCGGCCAAGGCAACCAUCGCCUUUUCCUUGUCUUUAUCCUCUCCAUGGUGACCGCACACCUCUUCUUUGUUGCCGUGGCUACACGUUACCUGUAUGUGGCUUUCGUGGUCGGUGGGUGGAGCCUGUCAUCAGGGCUUUCUGUGCUGGGGACAGAAUUCUGGGUGGUGGUUAUGGCGACCCUGAAUGCUUUCACGCUACUUUGGGAGGCGUGGCUGCUGACAGAACAGUUUGACGCCAUUGCCAUGGGAACCACCACCUAUUUCAGACAGUGCGAGACCUCUAUGCGACAACGGUCACUAGGACAGCGUUUGAUGGCUGUGCUGAUAUUCCUAUUGGAGGGAAGGCAGCGUGUAGGGCGGGGCCUUACAGAGCAGGACAGUCCCUCUAUAGACAUCUAGACAUUUGGGCAUGGUCUUAACCUGAAUUUGACCCCUGACCCUGCAGUAUAAACGUGCGUCAGACCCAGAGCCAUAAUUAUAUUUAUAAUACAUAUACAAUGUAUAUAUACAAUACAUGUACAGUACAAACAACAUAUACAACACAUACAAUUGAACUACAAUGACAACAGAAGUCAUAAUAAUUAUAAUAUACAUACAUAAAUAUUGUAUGGCUCUGACUGAAGUAUUUAGUAGAUAUGUUUUGUACUGUACUUUACUGGUACUGUACACCCUCAAAAAUACUUUUGCCUCUCCACUCUUAUAGUAGGUUCACAUUAUUGCAUAUUCUGCUUCAAAUUGUUUGUGCUGCAUAUUGAGACAGUGUAUAUAUAAUAUAUAAUCUGAUAUACGCAUCCGUACUGAUCUGAAUGACCUGUAUCCAAGUUACGGACCUGCAAAACCCAUGGCCAUUUUGAAAAUGUACAAAGUCAAACACAAUUGUACGCAAUAAUGUGAACCAGGCUUUAGUAUAUGAUGGUCAUGAUGUUCUUGAAGCGACCACCAGAUCAACACUUGAAUGCAUAGUUCUAACCUACUUUUAAUUGUUUUCAUGUAGAGUGUGAAGAAGUACUGUGUCCUCUGUUGUAGUUUGUUAUUUUCAGACUGUCAACAACGCACUGAGCUGUAUUAUUUCACAUUACAAAAAAAAAACGGGCCAGGGUGAUGUUUACCUGCUUUCUAAACUGUGCAGUGUAUUCUGCUGUUUGAGCUUUAGAGGUUUGCUACCUGAAUGUCGGCACAUUUCUCCUGCUUUUAUACACCUGACACUAUUCUUGUUUUAAAUAAAAGUGUGUUAUGGAA